AUGGAAAAUAAAGAGAGCACCUCACAUUAUUAUUUAGUACUCGAAGCAGAUUCAACAAAAGACACACCAGGGCAUGUUGAUUUCAGCAACUUAGUUGAAGUUUUCGAAGUAUAGUCUCCUCUAUUAAAUUUAUCAUUAUUUUUAUGAUUUUUUCUAUUAUAAAUGCACAUUAUUUAAUAUUUUAGGUAUAUUUUUUAAACAGUUUGAUGACGCAAAAAACAUUAGUCCUUAUAAAGAAAACGUUUCAAGAGCUAAAAUGAUGGUUGAUGAGCUUGAAGCGGUGGCUAAAGAAGUAAUAAUUUCUAUAGAUGUUCGAAAGAAACACUCAAAUUGAUGGAAAGUACAAAAUCUCUUCCAACUGCUAUACAGGCAAAGUAGAGAAUAACCAACUUGCAUGAUUUCAAAUAGAAAAGUCAAAAGAAGAGAGAAAAACCAAAAAAGUGGUAAGAAUGCUUAUUAAAGAAAUCCCAGUAUUACUUCGGAACAAGUUGAGCAGCAAAAGCUCAGCUCGAUCGAGGUUCGAAGCACCAAGACAAAGUCCUCCAUCAGCAAGGUAUUCUGCGAAUCCUCAAAAAAUGCAAAGAUCAAGCACAAAAAUGCUCUCGAAUCAGUCUAAAUUUUUAGUUCCACCAAUUACUCUUCACAAUAUAACUGGCUCAAGAUCUAAAUCUCCGUUGGUUAGCAAGCUGAUAUCACAGUAUCUUGCUAAAAACCCACGAGCUAUGACGCCAGCAGAAACAAACUUUUCAAGGGCUGAAAUAAACUCUUCAAGGACUGAAAUUAACUCUUCUAGGGCUGAGGGAAACUCUUUAAGGACUGAAGGGAACUCAUCAAGAGACCAUUCUCCUCUUUUGUCGUCAAGAAUGCCAAGGAAUAUUCCUAUUCCAACGAUCUCUAAAGCACACUCAAACCCUCGUUUCAAGUUUAUUAGAGAUGCAUAUAAAAUUUUUCCUAGACACAUUAAUUUAGUGACUAACUGUUAUUUAAUUCUAUAGAAUAAAAUCACAACUCUAAGAAAUCCUUUACUCCCCCUUUAACUUAGAAUUUAUCUAUUCAAAAUGCUAAUUUUGUUUAAAUAAUAUUCUAAUUGCAUUCCUCCCUUUGAACUUAGAAUAAUAUAGGAAUUUCCGUUUUGGUCACAUGAAAUUUUGGAACAAACUACUUACAUAGAAAUAAAUAUUUUUUACUUUAUAUAGAUUAAAUAUUUGCUAUAAGAUAAUCACAAAAAAUUGCUUAUAUUGUUUCAAUUAUAUAGAGCGGAGUUAGCUUUUUUCUAUUAAAUAUACUAUUCAUUUGUAUAAAAGUUAGCUGUUUAUUUAGUAUAAUGAAGUAUAG